AUGGCCGAAGUUGAUAAGGGGAAGAGACUACAAUCUCAUUCAUCUCCCAAGAUUAAACAAAAUAGUAGGAUGACUACUGGUAGAGCAAGAUCUAAUUCGAGAAGUAGUGGGUCGAGGUCACAACCAUCUUUUGAUCAGUUUGAUCUCGCGAUCAAUCCAAUUACAAUGGAGCCCGUAAACACAAGUAGUCCGAGUGCAAAAGGCGCUAGUUCAGUGAUACCUAUUGUUUCAACAAGCCCCCCUAGUCUUAAUAUGAUAGAUUCGAUUUCAAAUACAACUUUAGAGAGGCAGUCUGUGCCACCUCCAACGUUCACAUCACGGAACAGAUAUACGCAUAUUCUUAUUUUAAGGUCAUUAAAUGGUACAUUUGAAACAAAAUAUUUGGUGAUUCCAUUCAAACCUGAUGCUUUAAAACUUGGAAGACCUGUAGUGAGCUCUAAUGGUGGAGGAAGCAAUGGUAAUGGGUCGGGUCCAAACAGCAUCAAUGGUGGUGGUAAUAGCAAACGUGAUGCUAGCUCAAUGGUUAGAUCAGAUAAUGGGAAUUUCGACUCAAGGGUCCUGUCAAGAAAUCAUGCAUCCUUAUGUUGUGAUAGCAAGACUGGUAAAAUAUAUAUUAAGGAUUUGAAAUCAAGCAAUGGUACAUUUGUUAAUGGAAAUAGAAUAGAUCAAGAGUACGUAGAACUGAAAGUGGGUGAUGUCAUUGAUUUGGGAACAGAUAUAGAUACCAAAUUUGAACAUAGAAAGAUUAGUGCAUUUGUUGAGGAAAUAUCAGUUAUACCACUUAUAGAUGGUAUCACAGAAUUACCAAAUACAUUUUCAGAAAAUGGGAAUAACAAGGUAGGUCCAAAUGGCACAGCGUCAUUGAGCGUGGCGAAGACAAUCCAAGGUCAUACACAAUUACAAUCACAAUCAUUUUCUAAACAACAAUCACAAUCAACAUCAAUGCAUAAAGAUAAAUUUAACAUGCAUAGAGGUGGCGAAGAUCCCUACUUAGCAGUUACUGCAUCCACGGCUCAAAGAGCGGCAUUUGAAGCAGCAAUGUUUGGGGACGUUAAUAACCUAGAUAUCGAGGAUGCUGUAUUAGGGCCCGAAACAGAAAUAUUGAGUGGCAUUUUUAUCAAUAAUUCGAUCGGAACGAGCCCCAAUCUAAUAAAUAUAAUAAAAUCAUUGGCCACUGAAAUUGCAUUAGAAAAACAAGAAUUCAUCAAAUUAAAAUCUAUUGAGAACUUUUUGGUUAAUUAUACUACGAACCUGGAAUAUGUUAAUAAACUGAUGAUGGAAAUGAACGAUAAACAAUUGGUGAAGUUACAAAGCUCAUUAAAACAACGAUUUACUGAAAAGCAUGAAACCUUAAUUAAGGAUACAAAGGCUCAGAUUGAAAAAACUAAGAAUGAUGCCAAUGAAUUUAAGGAUAUUUGUAAGGAAAAGGGAAAAAAUGAUAGUGCUACGAUACGGACACUUGAGAUGCAAGUAGAUGAUCUAAAGACAAGAUUAGAGGUUGAAAAAUAUAAGAAUACAAAAUUACAGACUUCAAGCGUAAAUCCGAAGAAGGUUUCCAAAGUCAGUAUAGCUGAUAGUACAACUUUUGCAAAAGAGGAUCUCGAUGAGAAAGAAAGUUCAAAGAUAGACAACGACGGGCAGUAUUUAGGUGGCCAGAAAGAGGGUACUGGGAAUGGUUUAAAAAGUGCUGCAUUAUUAACCAUUACAGCGGUUUCUGUUGGUUUUAUAGCAUUAAUUCUAAAAUAUUCUUCCAAGUAA